AUGGCGGCUUAUGAAAAUACGGCAAGGCCUAGAAAAACAAUAACCACCUAUGGAAAGCCAUCACGAAAGCAUCUUGCAGGUCAUACCUAUGCAAAAUUGGUGCAUCGUGCAACACCUUCCGAUUUAACAAAGGCGGGCCUCACUACAAACAAUGAACCUACCUUAUCGAAUCCCGAAAGGUCUCGCAGUAUUCACAAGUCUUCAUCCAGCAAAUCUUCUGUCUCAAACAUACAACCUGCCGUCGAUUUAUACGAUGUGCCACUCAGCGAUGAGGAGGACCCUCCUCUAAUGCGGACGAACGUUACUAAGUCUACGCAGAAAGUCAAGCUUAAGUCUACGCUGUACGAUGUACCGCCGAUUGACAACGAUGAUAAGCCUAUAAUGCGAAAGAAUGUUUCCAAGCUUCUACAGAAAUCUCAGCAAGAUCCUACCAUAUAUGAUUUGCCACUCAGUGAGGAUGAGGAGCCUCUCUCGGUGAGGAAGAACCUUUCCAAAUUACCCCCAAAAGCCACGCAGAAACCGGUGGUUGUCCGCAAAGCGAAGGACUUGGGUAUAACAGGAGCCGUCAGCAAUAAACAGGUGGAGAUGCCUGAGCGAAAGAAAAGGAAAUUGUUACCAGUUGAGCGGCCCCCGCUGGAGCUUGCCAACUUUCCUGCAGCUCCUCUCAAGGCGCCGCCGAAUCCGAAAAUUAGAAAAGCCCAACCAGCUCCAAAUUCGUUACCAAAGCGACAGGUCGUUUAUGCCAAGCCUAUUUCGGAGUCAAUCCCGAAAAAGGCAACACUACCUCGAGGUAUACAAAAGCAGAGAAAUAGAACACCGGAGUCACAGCUACUGGAGUCCCCAGCAUCUGCCGGUAGUGUAGUGAGCUUAAAGUCAUCUACACACUCGGCACGACUUUUCUCGCCAAAGGCCGCAAAGCAAUUGGAUGCUCUUCUUGAUAACAAUCUUGAAACAGAAGGAACUGCAACUACUAGUGGGGACGAGCUCUCCCUUGUUGUCGUAGGUAAGCCGAAGAAGGUAUAUCCAAUGGCCAGAAAGUUAUCUAAAACUGCGGGAUUUGCAAAACCGACAAGCAUAACCCCUCGCAAACGACUUAUUGAUUCGUUAGUCGAGCAGACGCCGCGUCAAGAUUUGGACGAUGAAGAAGAUGAUGAUGAUGAUUCUGGGGACGAACAUGAUAAUUCUCAGGUUGAAGAUCAUUUUCAACAUUUGAAUAACUCGAGAGCUCAAAGUCCUACCCCGGAAGUCCCUACCUUUACUGCAUCUGCACCGGCCAGUCAAGGCUCUCAGAUCACAGGGCCAAAAUUCACGUACAGUCGGCAGCGUUCUAUGCUUGUUGAGGAAGACAUGAUGGAGCAAUUAGCAUUUGACAUGCCGUUGGAAACUCCACAGAUAUCACACCGUCGCCGAGGCUCUAUACCCAGCCUGAAGCCCUUGUCGAGCUUUCGCGAAAAAGAAAAGGAAGAGGAUGAAGCUGCGAACACCGCCAUUCGCACAAUUCAUGAACUGAGGCAAGCGGGAGCAAACAGUCGUUUUGCCGAUGAAGUGGAAGAUCUACUCGAUCGUAUUGGGAAACCCGUCGCAAAGCCGACAUCCAUGCGACGCUCCGGUCUUUUAGAUCUGGGCAUCAAAAUGAAGGAUAAGGUGUUUGUUCGCCAAUUCCGUGCCCAUGGGGCUGAACAACGACUGUUUGUCGAUAUUGGCCAAGAAAUUGAUAUUGUAUCAGGGUUCUUGAUGACUUCCCUCGUCAUACCUAUCUUGGCAGAGGGAAGCGUACCUCUUGUGGUAUCGCAACUUCAACGACAGGGUAUUGCGAAGCUGCUCGGCCGUCUCAUAUUUGUCGAGAAAAGCAUCGUUUCUGUGACAAAAGAUCGCAAAACAAACAUGUCAAAAGUGGCACAGAACUCCAUAUCAGCAUACCAUGACUCUCUUUUAGAAAUUUCGGCAUGGAAGGAACUUAGUCCGCGUAAACUUUCACCUCGAACCUUGGCUCUGAAAUGUCUUGAGCUUAUGGUCCGACAAACCAGAGAGGCUGGAGAUGCCAGCGACAUAAUUUCUGAAGAGCUGAAUACCAGCCUGUUCGAGAUUUUGAAGUUAACACACGGCGAUGCUUUAUGGGAUCUCCCUCAUGGAACGGAAGCGAUUGACUUCUAUUUAACACUGUCCACUCUUGAAUCUCACUCGCUUGUGGCAAGAACUGCCCAAGACGAAACAAUGUGGAUUCGUCAAUUUUUGCCCGUCAUAGGCAACACCCUCGAUACCGCUUUAAAUCGACCACUUGAAAGCUUUGGCGAGCAACAAAUUUUGGCCCUGAAGUUGACAGUGAAUGUUACCAAUCACAAUCCAAAAGCUUGUGAUGCAAUUGCGAACUCAGAUCUUAUGUUCACGAUCCUCCGCGUUAUCGUUGCUAAAUUCCAAAGCAUGUCAAACUUGUGGGCAGAAGAGGAAAUUAUUGUGGUUGUGGAUAAUUUGAUUCUUCUCAUUGGUGCGAUGAUCAACUUCGCGUUGUGGAGCACAAAAGCACUCAAAAAUAUUGACAAUUUCACUGGGACAAGUAAAGACCCCCUGGAUGAACUAAUUCGACUUUUUGUCGAUAAUCGGGAGAAAACAUUUGAGGCGGACUCCCAACAUGAAUCACACAAAAACGUUCCGUUUGGAUAUCUAUCUGUACUUUUGGGACAUUUUUGCUUAUUCCCGGCCAUCGAGAAGCGGAUUCGGAUGCGGCAAACAACGAAAACACUUCGGCCCCUAAUUACAUCUGUUAAUGAAUUUAUCGUCUAUCACAAAGCAGCCGACGAUGAGAUCGCCCCAAAUGAGGAUGGGCACAGUCCUCAUGUUACUGUGACAAAGCAACUCGAAGAUCUCGUCAAGAAGUUGCUUGCGAUCAAAGGAACUAAUGUGUGA